AUGAUCAGAAUGUCGCUCACUCUCGCUCAGAAACUCGACUACAUCCCUGCGUUGGUGUGUGUCGCAACCACCUUCGCCUGGGCUCUCCUGACGCUGUUCUGGCGCGCUCCGGAAUAUCCGCAGUCAUGGAUGCUUCAUAUUGGCUAUGCGGUGUUUCGCAGGCUGACCGGCCGGUUUUCGAUAGCCCAGAUGCAAUAUGUCCUGCCCCCCAGCAACAAGGUCUACGAGCGCUACAUGCGGUCUACAGGCGAAACCCCUCGCACCGUGCAGCUAAACCACGGUGCCAUGGGCCACUGGAUCGGAGACCCUCAUGCACAGCAUAUCCUCAUCUGGUAUCACGGCGGCGGAUUCGCCCUCCCAGCCAACAUCGGAUACUUCAAAUUCUUUAGGUCCGUGGUCGUCGCCCAGUGCACCGGCAACAAGCACUCGCUCGCCAUUUUCGCCCUCACCUACACCCUGGCCCCCGUUGCUACCUACCCCACGCAACUGCGCCAGGCCGUGGAAGCCCUGCGCCACGUCCUCGUCGACCAGGGACGCCGGCCCUCGCGCGUGCUGCUGGGCGGCGACUCCGCGGGCGGCAACCUGGUGGGCGGAGUGCUCUCGCAUCUCGCGCACACGCACCCGGCCAUCGAGCCGCUGGCGGUCUCCACGCCGCUCGCGGGCGCCGUCCUGAUCGCGCCCUGGACCCUGCUGGACCCGGACCCCGCCGACCGCAUCGUGGACGCCCGCGGUGACCUCCUGACGGCGGCCGUCGCGGGCCCCUGGUCGCGCGCGUACGUGGGCCGUGCGGCGCCCGACUACUUUACGGAUCUGUCCACCGCGCCGCCGGACUGGUUUGCGCCGUUCCCCGUGCGGCGGAUCCUGGUUUGCGGCGGCGGCAGCGAGAUCCUCUUGCCGGUGAUCGAGGAUUUCGUGCUCAAGCUGCGCGCCGGCUUUCCCGAGGAGGUGGAGUUUUGGGUUGGCGCGGGAGAGGGCCAUGUGGCGCCGGUGUAUAAUCUGUAUCUUGGGGAGACGACCGAGACGCAGCAGGGGGGGAGGGUGAAGCAGUUUAUCAAGAGGUGUUGUAGUUAA